AAACAGUGAGCUCAGAGGCUUCGCGAGGGCGCCCUGCGACUGACAAUCCGGCUCUACUCCGGACCCUUCUCACUUUCAUCUAGCACUGCAUUCAAUGGAGGGGCGGACAUUGCAAUGCUUAAUGGUGUCUAACUAGUGUAAGAAAACGGCUCAAUUCCCCGCUGCCGAAAUGAAGUAUAAGAAUCUUAUGGCAAGGGCCUUAUAUGACAAUGUCCCGGAGUGUGCUGAGGAACUGGCCUUUCGCAAGGGAGACAUCCUGACCGUCAUAGAGCAGAACACAGGGGGUCUGGAAGGCUGGUGGCUAUGCUCCUUACAUGGUCGGCAGGGCAUCGUCCCGGGCAACCGGGUGAAGCUUCUGAUUGGUCCUGUGCAGGAGGCCUCCUCCAAUCAUGACCAGCCUGCUUCUGGACUGAUGCACCAGGCUUUUAGCCAACAGAAGCUCUAUCAAGUGCCAAACUCCCAGGCUGCUCCCCGAGACACCAUCUACCAAGUGCCACCUUCCUACCAAAAUCAGGGAAUUUACCAAGUACCCACUGGCCAUGGCACCCAAGAACAAGAUGUAUAUCAAGUGCCACCAUCGGUACAGAGAAGCAUUGGGGGGACCAGUGGGCCUACCUUGAGUAAAAAGGUGAUAACCCCAGUGAGGACAGGCCAUGGCUAUGUAUAUGAGUACCCAUCCAGGUACCAGAAGGACGUCUACGACAUCCCUCCUUCUCAUACCACUCAGGGGGUAUAUGACAUCCCUCCCUCAUCUGGGAAAGGCCCUGUGUUUUCAGUCCCAGUGGGAGAGAUGAAACCUCAAGGGGUAUACGACAUCCCUCCUACUAAAGGGGUGUAUGCUGUCCCCCCUUCUGCCUGCCGAGAUGAAGCGGGGCCCAGGGGAAAAGACUAUGACUUCCCCCCUCCCAUCAGGCCAGCAGCAAGGCCGGACCUCAGACCCGAGGGGGUUUAUGACAUCCCCCCAGCCAGCAGCAAGCCGGCAGGGAAGGACCUUCCCAUGAAAUACAGCUGCGAGGCCCCCGCGGCUGCGGAGCCGGUGGCGCGAAGGCACCAGAGCCUUUCCCUGAACCACCCACUCCCGCAGCUGGGACAGCCGCUGGGCGCUCAGAACGACGCCUACGAUGUCCCCCGGGGAGCUCAGUUUCUUGAGCCGUCAUCAGAAGCCAGUGAGAAAGCAAACCCUGAAGAAAGGGACGGUGUUUACGACGUCCCUCUGCACAACCCACAGGACGCCAAGGGCGCUCGCGACGUGGUAGAUGGGAUCAACCGGCUGUCUUUCUCCAGCACUGGCAGCACCAGGAGUAACAUGUCCACGUCUUCCACCUCCUCGAAGGAGUCCUCACUGUCGGCCUCCCCAUCCCCAGACAAAAGGCUCUUCCUGGAUCCGGACACAGCCAUCGAGAGACUGCACAGGCUGCAGCAGGCCCUGGAGAUGGGCGUGUCCGGCCUCAUGGCACUCGUCACCACAGACUGGCGGUGCUACAAAUACAUGGAAAGACACAUCAACCAGAUCCGCACCUCGGCGGACAAGGUGGAGCUGUUCCUGCGGGAGUACCUCCAUUUCGCCAAGGGAGCGGUAGCAAACGCUGCCUGCCUCCCGGAGCUGGUCCUCCACAACAAAAUGAAGCGGGAGCUCCAGAGAGUGGAAGACUCCCACCAGAUCCUAAGUCAGACCAGCCAUGACUUAAACGAGUGCAGCUGGUCCCUCAAUAUCUUGGCCAUCAACAAGCCCCAAAACAAGUGUGAUGACCUGGACCGGUUUGUGAUGGUGGCAAAGACGGUGCCCGAUGACGCCAAGCAGCUCACCACCACCAUCAACACCAAUGCAGAGGCCCUCUUCAGACUGGGCCCCAGCAGCCUGCAUCUGAAGAAUGGGGCCGAAAGCAUCAUGAACUCAGCAGAGUAUCCACACGGUGGCUCCCCCAUGCAGCUGCUGCGUCCCGGGGACCACAAGGCUCAGGCCCAUCACAAGCCAUUGCCCCCAAGCCUCAGCAAGGAGCAGGCCCCUGACUGCAGCAGCAGUGAUGGUUCUGAAAGGAGCUGGAUGGAUGAUUACGAUUAUGUCCACCUACAGGGCAAGGAGGAGUUUGAAAGGCAACAGAAAGAGCUAUUAGAAAAAGAGAAUAUCAUCAAACAGAACAAAAUGCAGCUGGAACAUCAUCAGCUAAGUCAGUUCCAGCUGCUGGAACAAGAAAUCACAAAGCCAGUGGAGAACGACAUCUCCAAGUGGAAGCCCUCUCAGAACCUCCCAACCACAAACAGCAGCGUGGGCGCCCAGGAUCGGCAGCUGCUUUGCUUCUACUAUGACCAAUGUGAGACUCAUUUCAUCUCCCUUCUCAACGCCAUUGAUGCUCUCUUCAGUUGUGUCAGCUCGGCUCAGCCCCCUCGGAUCUUUGUGGCACACAGUAAGUUUGUCAUCCUUAGUGCACACAAACUGGUGUUCAUUGGAGACACGCUGACAAGGCAGGUGUCUGCCCAGGACAUUCGCAACAAAGUGAUGAACUCCAGCAAUCAGCUUUGUGAACAGCUCAAGACUAUAGUCAUGGCAACCAAGAUGGCUGCCCUCCAUUACCCCAGCACUACUGCCCUGCAGGAGAUGGUGCACCAGGUAACAGACUUAUCUAGAAAUGCUCAGCUCUUCAAGCGCUCUUUGCUGGAGAUGGCCACGUUUUGAGAAGAAAAAGGAGGAAGAGGGGACUGAGUUGAUAGUUACCAAGGAAAACUGGAAAUAUUAUCUGGUUUUUGUACAUAUUAUCUAUUUUGUAGAUAUUUUAUAUGAAAAUGAAAUAUUUUAACAUUUUUUAUGGGUUAGACAACUUUCAGAAAUUCAGGGAGCUGGAGAAGGAAAUCUUUUUCUUUUCCCUGUGUGGUUCUUAUGUAUACAUAUAAGUAUCUAAGACAUCAACUGUACAAAAACUUGUCCAAGUGCUUGUGUUUACCUGGGUAUUUGUGUUUGUCUGUAGAUGUUUGUCUGAUACAUUCCAUUUUUAAAACAUGAAUUAAGAAGCACCUUA